AUGCAACAGAUUGCCGAGAAUAACGAGAAAAAGAGAAAUCCAAACUUUUCAAAAGAAGAAUGUUUGUUAAUUUGCAAGCUGAUGGGGGAGGAGAGUGGCCACGGCAUGUCAAAACACACCUUAUAUAAGAAAGGCUAUACUUCAAGAAUCACCUCAGAGACGAAACGAAAAAUGUGGGAGACUGUUGAGAGAAGCUUCAAUGUCCAAUCUACAGGAAUACAUAGAACUGUAGACCUUCUAACUAAGAAGUGGGACAACUUGACCCAAGUCCACCGCCCUAAGUUCAUGGACUACAAAAGGCAGCUUCAUCUGACAGGAAAUGGCCAAAAUACAGCCUCCUUGUCAGAUUUGACAAAUGCUGUCAUUGAUGUUAUUGGCAGGGAUGGCUGUGCCAUGGAUGGAAUCGGUGGAUCAGAAUAAUUUGAUUCAACAUGUACACAGGAAAUAUAUCAAUAGAUGGAAUAUCUUACAAACCAAAUUUGAGAUCUGCAACAAUAAUGCAUAAUGCCAAUGAACUUCAUCUUGCUAUAUUACCAUUGAAAUAAAUAACCAAAUGGGUCAAUAUGUGAUUAUAUGUGUACUGAUUAGAUGGUGUAAAAUGAUAUUUUAUAAGGCUUAAGUUCCACAUCCUACCAUAUACAGAAAUGAGUUGAUGUGUGCAUUUUCUCAAAUAAACAAUAAUUAUUUUAAUCUUUAUUUUUCAGCCAAAGCAGAUCAGAUGUUGGUCUCAAUUAACAGCCUGUAUAUCAGUUUGUAAAUGAUUACACGUAAGUAUCUCUCACAGUCACUUGUUGUAUAACAUUUUCGUCAAGCUGUUGAUGUCAUCUUUGUUAUAAAAAGUAUUCUUAGCUAUUACUAACAUAUCCAUAUCUUUUAAACAUUCAUAACAAUAACAUCUGAAUGUAACCAAUACAUUUUAAACAUUAAAAUAUUCAAACAUUGCCAUUAAUUUACACAUUCACAUGACUGAGACAAUCAUAUCACUAAGACAUUUAUAUGAAUAAGACAUUCAUAUCACUGUCAGAUUCACAUCACUAACACAUCCAUAUUACUACCACAUUCUUAUCACUAAGACAAUUAUAUCAUAUCACUAAGACAAUUAUAUGACUUACAUCACUCAGACAAUCAUAUCACUAAGACAAACAUAUCACAAAGACAUUGAUAUCACUAAGACAUUCAUAUCACUAAGACAUUUAUAUAUAACAGGGUGAGAUAACACUACAAUGCACAUUGAUAUAAAAUAACAUGAACACAGAAAUGAUUUCAGAUGUAUACCGACAUGUACAUGUAAAUAUCUAAGGACUUAAAUAAAACAUAGCACACAUUCAUUGAUUUUUUGGUGCAAUUUACUGCUUUAAAAGAUGUUUCCUCUUGCCAAAAAAUCCCCAUAAAAUUAUAUUUUCCAAAAUAAUUAAUAAGAUUUUCAGUGAAUACAGCAAUGAAUUGCUUAAAAAAGAUAACAACAUCUUGAUAAGACUACCCGGUAGCCAUUUUAGAUUAAAUGCAUAAAAAGGUAGAAAUAGGUCUAUUUUAUAUUAUACUUUCAAUUCAAACAUAACUUUGUAUUUUUCCCAAAGUUUCGAAAGUCCCAAUUUGGUACCAGGUUCAAUUCCAAAAUAUAUCACAGACAUUCUCGGGUAUGAUCAAGUUGGGAAAAACAUUUAAAAAUGACUCUCACAUUCUAAACAAGUCAGCAUAGUGACUUUUUUACAAGAUUUGCAAAAAUAUGAUAGCACAUUUUAGAAUUAGUUUGUAAUUCCAGGACAUAUCAGCCAGUGUUGGAGGCAGAUGAGGUUCCUGCCACGUUUCAUCUUUUAAGACCUGAGGCUAGCACGACUUCCAAAGUGUUCACAACCUCUACAUCAUGCAAUCAAUGUUGCUGUCAGGAG